AGUAGGUGGGUGAGGAAAGGGAGAAAGGCGGCGGCUGCGGAGAGGGACAGAGACGACGACGACGACGACAACAUUGCCAGGACUACUGUGCAAGGGGCGGGCAAGCCGAGGGCUGCUGCUGGCCGGCGGUGGCCUCCUCCUCCUCCUCUCCUCCUCCCCCGACAGCGAGAUCGGAGAGCCACGUCAAGGGAGUUUCCAGGCUGCCUGAACCGGCGCGGAUGGGGAGGCGCCGAUCGCUUCCGACUCCCUCCUCUGGGCUCGCCGCUGCUGCUGCUGAGUGACGGAUGCGGGUGGCCGAAAACAUCUCUACGUGGCCUGACUUCAGCGGAGAGUCGCCCGGCCGGGGGGGUUGGACGCGAAGGGGCCCCCCAUGGAGACUCGCUACAACCUCAAAAGCCCCGCUGUUAAACGGUUAAUGAAAGAGGCUGCUGAACUUAAGGAUCCAACAGACCAUUAUCAUGCACAGCCCUUAGAGGACAACCUUUUUGAGUGGCACUUUACUGUCAGGGGUCCUCCAGAUUCAGAUUUUGAUGGAGGUGUUUACCACGGUCGAAUAGUAUUACCACCAGAAUAUCCUAUGAAACCACCAAGCAUUAUUCUCUUAACGGCCAAUGGCAGGUUUGAGGUGGGAAAGAAAAUUUGUUUAAGCAUCUCAGGACAUCAUCCUGAAACAUGGCAACCGUCAUGGAGCAUAAGGACAGCUUUGCUAGCCAUUAUUGGAUUUAUGCCAACCAAAGGGGAGGGAGCCAUAGGAUCGCUGGACUACACACCUGAGGAACGAAAAGCGCUUGCUAAAAAGUCUCAGGACUUCUACUGUGAAGGAUGUGGAUCACUUAUGAAGGAAGCACUCUUGCCUCUGACUUCAGGAAGUGCCUCAAGUCAGGCAGAUAAAGAGGCCAAGGAACUUGCCAGACAAAUUAGUUUCAAGGCUGAAGUAAAUUCAUCUAGAAAAUCCACCACUGAAUCUGCAGAUUCAUCUGAAUUGAGACAAUUGAUCAGUCCCCCUCAAGCCCAGCAACAAAGUACAACUCCAGCAUUCCAGGAUACACCCUCCAGUGAAGCGUCUGACAAUCAGACUAAUUCAGCCACUUCCAGUCAAGAGCAUACCCAAACGGUGUCAAGUACUACGUCCAUGAGCCCUCGCCAGCGACGUGCCCAACAGAGAAGGGUGCCAUCUUCAACCAACUUCAAUCAGGUCCAGCAGCCGAGAGUGAACACAAGCCACGUCGGAUCGAACAUGCUGAUUGUUCUCCUUGUUUUAGCAUUAGCGGCUCUUAUAUUCAGGCGAAUAUAUCUAGCUAAUGAUUAUAUAUUUGAGUUAUGAGUUUAUCUUGCUCUUCAGUGACUUGAAUGCUUCAUUAAAACAUUUUGUCAGAAAUGUCUUGAGGACUGUUUACAUAACAUUACGUUUUGUAUUUGCUUACUUUAAGUCUGAAUGUUAAUGUACCAUGAGGCACAUUAAUUUCUGUCCAGAAAGCACACCUCAAUAUUGGUGUGACUGUGAGCUGUAAGUAUAUCUAUACGAAUUAAGCAGAUCAGGUAGAGAAUUAUUUGUGGAACCUGCUUCUGCAACAGCAGGGGACUGAAAGUAUCAUUUGUGAGCUUUGGUGGAUAGUUUUAAUUGAUAGAUAUAAAAUUAUGGUGGUAUGCUAACAAGAGAAGGAAGUGAAUGCUUAUUCAUGAAAAGUUGUAUUAUAAAAGUUUGCUUGAGGACUUCUUAAAUUGAAAUGCAAAUAUGUUUGCAUAGCAAGUAUUCUUAAAUUUAUCAGAAAGGAGAACUUGUUAAUAUUUUGUAAUUGGUUUUAUUUCCUAGACAAUAAAUUCAUUUAAAAAUCCUUUAAAUGGUAGGGAUUUUAUCUUCAGUGAAGAAGAGGGGCCAGAACAUUGCCUGCUUUCUUUUUUCCUCGUAGCUUUUGGUUGUUCUGCAGUUAGACAGGAUGAUCUUUUACAAGAUUUGAAUGUUGUUUUCAAAUUUUCAAUUGUGUGUAUUUUUUUAAUUUGAAGGAUCUGGAAAUAGUUAUGUGAUAUCUUCUUGGAGGUUAAUGACUACAAUGUAUUCCAAAAAUAUACGUAAUAUUUUGAAUUGAGAGAUUCCUGUGCCCAUAUUUUUUUAAAAAAAGCUAAAAGCAGUUUUACAGUCCCAUGAGCUAAGCUAUGUGGUUGUUGUUUUUUGAUAAAUCUUUUUUUCCCAUUGACAGAAAUUAAUAAAGUAAAAAAAAAAACCCGGAAUCUUAUUGUUACACAAUGAUAAAGACUAAGAGCAGAAACCAAAUUAGAUAUAUAACAUUAUAUGAAAAUGUUAAAACAGUUAUCAAUAUUGGCUAUUUUUGAUAUAAAUUCUACUAGUUCAAAAGAGAUUAAUAAAGAACAUUAAUAAUUGAUUAUAAUUCUAAAUUUCUAGAGUUUUUCUCACAAAAUAUAAAUCAUAUAGGUCAGUUAUAAUCAUCUUACUUAAUGUAUUUAUCCAUUUGUCUAUCCCCCUUUAAUCCAUUUUCAAUAUAAUAUAUCAUUAAAAUUAUUGAUAAUUUACUCGCAUCAUUUCAGCAAUAUUCUUCAUAUUUCACCAUUAUACUUUUUGGGGGGAGGUAUAAUAUGCAUAAUAUGUUUUCCAUUUGUCUUGUAAUACUUGAUUGGUCUCUUAUUCACAGAGUUUAUUAAUUUUGCCAUUGCUGAAUCUUCCACUACUUUAUUUUCCCAAAUUUUUUGGCAAAAGGAUUCUUCUACUUUCCAUUUUGUUGCAAAUACUCUGGUGGCUGUUGUCAAAUAUCAGAUCAUUUUUUCUGGAAUAUUUUUGGUAACAUGCCUAAUCAUAGUCUAGGUGUCCAUAACAAACAACCGUUUUUGUGUUUUUUCCUGUAUUUCUGCAUGAAUAUUUUCCUAAAAUUGUUUAACUUUUCUGCACAUGCACCACAUGGUAAAAAGAGCCAUCUGCUUCUUUAUAUUUCGAGCAUUUUACCUUAUAGUUCUUGUACAUAUUCUCGAUAUCCUUUGGGGUGAUGUAUCACUGAUAAAACAUCUUGUGCCAACUUUCUCUUAACAUUUGGCUGGUUGUUUUUAAUAAGGUUGUUAUAGCUGUCCAUAAAAUCAGCCAUUGCCACAGAGCAAAUUUGAUAUUUAUUUCAAUAACAGCAAGUGAGUUGAUAAGGAAAGGACUCUGAGAUUUUAAGAUAGCUCCCUUUCAACUAUUCUUCCUUGCCAGCAGGUGGAUCCUGACACUCCAUGUUCCUGGUAAUCUAUUGAAUUAAGUGAUUAAACUUUCAACACUGUGAUCUACUUUGGAAUUGUAAUGAAGGGUUUAUCUGCUCUACUGUAGCAUUACUGGAAUGUGUCAGAAUAAGUGUAGAUUGUCACUCUUUAAAACUAUCCAGGAUACAAAAUGAGUGAAAUUAUUGAUAUGUAAAGGAGAAAACUUGUGCACUUGUUGUGCACUUAUUGCUGCCAUGUGGCUAGUUGCCUGGCUCUGGGGCUUUCCCCUCAGUUUCCUCUUCUGAAGGAGCCUCUUGCUAUGAAGCUUCCUCCAUUUUGGCCACGGGCCACUUUCUCCUGCGUUUAAGUGCAAUCUCCCUCUGGGGAAGGCAACCCUUGGCCAUGUCCUUGGAGGUGGGGGUGGUCUAUUGAAAAUUCAAGAGAUUUAACUGGUCAGUUGAAUUUUUGACCAACUAGCAGUUUGAAAAAACAAACAAAUAGUAGUGUGGCUGGAGAAGCAGGUGGAUAGGUGGGGAAAAACAAGGAAUAGCAACAAAACCUGGAAAAAAGAGUAACUAAUUGUUUAGCUUCAUUAUGAAAGUGAAGCAACCGGCAAUGUCACGUUUUUACCUGCAUGAAAGCCAUGUGGCUUCUUCGAUCUGCCAUGGAGUGGCUUCGGAAGAGGUGAAAAACAUUGCAUAAUGGAAAAUCUGUGGCGAAGGGAAGGUCUACCUGCAGUGAGGCAGAAUGCAAGUGGGUAAAUGGCCUGUGUUUAGAUAGAAAACUGUUAUCUCACUGUAGUUAUGGGGGGAAAUGUUUGGGGAGGGGUCAAAUUUAUUUUGGUUUUCUUUGUUCUAAUCCCUUGUCACUUCCUUUCUUCUCCUUCAAGCUGCCCUGUACAUGGGACUUAUUUUCCAGCAUGAAAAAGCACUUGCAUGUUUGUUAUGCAUGGGCAUUAUUUGACCACAGGUUAUGGAGUAGAUUGUGUUCUUACUUUAUUUUAGAACUUGUUAGCAAACAAAAACCGAGAAUUUGAUGAACUCAAAAUAUGGCUGUAGACUUUGAAACCUCCACAGCAAUUGGUUGUAAGAGUUCUGGCUGAAUUCACCAAAAUAAGAUCCUUAGCUUUUAGCUCAGUUACUAAGAUGUAACUGAAUAUUUUUGGACACUCCAGCAGCUCAGAAGCUAAACAUACUGUUGACAUUGUUACUUAAAAACCAUGUAGGUAGGAAAGGGUUCAGCAGACAGUAGUACUGUUAAAGCAUUAGUUAAUCGUUAGGACUGUGUGGUUAAUAUGUGAGUGUUUAGAUAUAUAUGUGUGCUUAAGAAAUAAGCAGAAAUAAACACAGCAGAUAUUAGACACACUAAAAUAUAUCUCCAAAUUUGCAGAGGUCUCCACUUGUCCAGCAUAUUUCAAUAUUAUCCAGUGGGGACUGAGAGACUUGCAGGAUGAUGUGAAGAGGGGUAAAUAUUGUGGGUCCAAGACUUGCAAGGUCUUACUCCUAAGCUCAUAAUUUCUAGUUUUGGAAAAACGGGAGGGCCUUGUAUUGAAAGUGGCAUAUGUCAUAAUUUUACACAUUUGAUCUAUCCUGCAAGUAAAUAUAUAAAUCCUACUUUUUCAAAAAGCUGUGCGUGGGGCAGAGAAGUUCAACAUUAGCAAGUGUCUUAACAAGAAAAUAAUAACCUCAACAAACACACUUAUUCAAAUCUCCUUAAAUUGUCUUAUUGUGCACAACAUUCUGUGUUUGAGCAGCGCUAACUUUUAUAUCCGGAUUGAGGCUUGGAACUCUGUAAGAUCGCUAAAAAAGUAUGUUUAAUGUUGGUUUUACCAGUUUAAUAAACAUGGCCCUUUACCUCACAUCUUGA